CAUUUAUGCCAAAACCUCUUGGUGGCGCUAUUUCACGAUAUGGAGGCGGAUGAAACCGCUGAUGCAGCAAAACCGGACCAUUUGAAGCCCAUUUUGAAGGGGAAAAAGGGGUGUUUACAGCGACUCUGCGCAUUUUUCAGUAUGGCUGCACACAUACUAGCCAUUCUGUUCGUCUCGUACAUGAUAUAUUUGGCUUGGCCUUUUUCAAGCCUCUUUUCAUGGCAUCCAGUGCUGAUGUCUAUUGCUUUUGUGUUUCUGAUGACCGAGGCCAUCCUGUUUUUCUCACCGGAUAGCAACCUCGUCCCUAAAGCCAGUCGCAAGACCAAGCUCACCUACCACUGGAUCAUCAACACCACAGCAUUGCUGUGUGCCCUGGCCGGGCUGGCCAUCAUGGUGAUCAAUAAGGAGCGGUACGGCAAAUCCCACUUCACCAGCUGGCACGGGCUGUGUGGCGUCUGCACCGUUGCUUACACCUGUCUUCAGGCAACUGCCGGGUCUACCCUCAUGUUCCCCAAACUGACCGCCAGCCUGGUCAAGCUUGCCGAUCUGAAGCUCUACCAUGCCACCUCGGGCCUGGUGCUCUUCACGCUGGCUUGCACCACGCUGGUGCUGGGGCUGUUCACAGAUUGGUUCUGGAACACCGCCCAUGGCUCAGUCUGGUAUUUCUGCAUUGCCACAGUCGCCUGGCUGUCCCUAGUCAUUAUGAAUCAGAUCACUCAAGCCUACCUGCCUAAAUCAUUCAAGAAGCCUUCUCAGCAGUACUGAGCUGACAGUAGUCUUGGUCCCAGACUGGCAUUUGGGUUUUAUUCCCCACAUACAGCCAGUCCUUGACAAUGGCGUUUAAGCCGCCGUGGCGUAGACAUCUCUAUCAACAAAAUGAUUCAAGCUAGUCUGAGGGACUUUGACAGCGCUACCCAGGAUAUUCCAAGCAAACCUCACGCGCGUGCAUUAGCUUGCAUACAGUGCCCGUACUGUAUGCUCACAAGUUUUGGGGUAGCACUGCCAAAGUUCCCAAGACUUGCUUCAUCUUGUUGAUAGCAACCUCCACCGGCUUUAGUGCGCUUCUUAGGGGCUGGCUGUAGUAGUAAUAAAUUUAAAAUCCAGUCUUUGGCAAAGACUAAGCAGACAGAAAGGCAACUCGUGU